AAGCGAGCCGUCAUGUUUCUGUCCCUCCCUCUCUGCCUCUGUCCGUCGGCUAGGCUGCUGCUGCUGUACCAACCUGCCCGGAACAACACCAGAAAACAACCAUGUCUGAGAAACUUCCCUACAAAGUUGCUGACAUCAGCCUGGCCGAAUGGGGGCGCAAGGCCAUCGACAUUGCAGAGAACGAGAUGCCCGGUCUGAUGAAGAUGAGGGAGCUGUAUGGUCAGACCAAGCCUCUGAAGGGUGCCCGUAUUGCCGGCUGCCUCCACAUGACCCUGCAGACUGCCGUGCUCAUCGAGACCCUCACCGCCCUCGGAGCUGAGGUUCAGUGGUCGAGCUGUAACAUCUUCUCCACUCAGGACCACGCUGCUGCCGCCAUCGCAAAGUCUGGCGUUCCAGUGUAUGCGUGGAAAGGUGAGACCGAUGAGGAGUACGUGUGGUGCAUCGAACAGACUCUGUACUUCAAGGACGGUCAGCCCCUCAACAUGAUCCUGGACGACGGAGGUGACCUCACCAACAUGGUCCACACCAAGUACCCCAAACUGCUGGCAGGUAUCCGUGGCGUGUCAGAGGAGACCACAACAGGUGUCCACAACCUGUACAAGAUGAUGAAAAAGGGCGAGCUGAAAAUGCCCGCCAUUAACGUCAACGACUCAGUCACAAAGAGUAAGUUUGACAACCUGUACGGCUGCAGGGAAAGUCUGAUCGACGGCAUCAAGAGAGCCACCGAUGUGAUGAUUGCUGGUAAAGUUGCUGUGGUGGCUGGCUACGGUGACGUAGGUAAAGGCUGUGUCCAGGCUCUGCGUGGGUUCGGAGCUCGCGUCAUCGUCACUGAAAUCGACCCCAUCAACGCCCUGCAGGCCGCCAUGGAGGGUUAUGAGGUCACCACCAUGGACGAGGCUUGUAAGGAAGGAAACAUCUUCGUCACCACCACCGGUUGUGAGGACAUCAUCCUGGGACAUCACUUUGAGAGCAUGAAGGACGAUGCCAUCGUUUGUAACAUCGGACACUUUGACUGUGAGAUCGACAUGAGCUGGCUCAACAAAAACGCUGCAGAGAAGGUCAACAUCAAGCCACAGGUCGAUCGCUUUCGUUUGAAGAACGGCCGUCACAUCAUCAUCCUGGCUGAGGGCAGACUGGUCAACCUGGGCUGUGCCAUGGGACACCCAUCCUUCGUCAUGAGCAACUCUUUCACCAACCAGGUUCUGGCUCAGAUCGAGUUGUGGACGAAUACCGCCAAAUACCCCAUUGGAGUCUACUUCCUGCCUAAAAAGUUGGACGAGCAGGUGGCAGCCGCUCACCUGGAUAAACUGGGGGUGAAGCUGACCACGCUGACAGACAAGCAGGCCAAGUACCUGGGUCUGCCCACCGAGGGGCCCUUCAAACCGGACCACUAUCGCUACUGAGCGCCCCGUCCAGCUGGGGAAGAGGCAGAGAAGAAGAAAGAGGAGGAGGAGGAGGAGGAGGUGUGGACAGAACGGUGUUGGUGUUUAGGUGCAGCAGGGUUUGGUGUGUGGGAGCACGUUGAGAGAUCGCAGGCAGGUUGCACUCUGGGCACCAUUUUGGGUUUUGGACUUCUAAAUGUCGACUUUUCAGGGACACGGAGACAGUUUGUGUUUUUGUUUCUUCCCCUUCAAUAGCCUUUCAUAUCAAAUGCUAAAGAUGUGUUUCACAUGUUGCAUCCUGUGUCGAUCGAAGUGAUCUGACACGACUGAAGUUGGGAGCCGACACCUUGCUUUUGCUUUACUGGGGUCGUUUCUGGUCGAAGCAGGACGUCUGCUGCCCCACACUGACCCAAAGCUUCUGUCAGUAGAUUUAUGGACAUCAGGUGGGUGUAGAAGGCUGUUUCUGCAAUUUAAAUCAACAUCCAACCCUGAUCUCCACCUGAAAGCUACUUAGUUCGUCUCAUCGCCAUCUUCUUUGACUCUACCACACCAGUAUCUUCAGUCCUCCACCAUCUCCUCUCUCUUUCUCAUCAGUACUCUUCUGAAACACCAUCAAGUGCUACUGCGGCUGUUUAAGAGAAUUCCUCUCGUUGUUCGUCAUUCCCUCUCCGUUUAUGGAAUAAAAUAAACCCUGAUCUUUUUCUACCUGAGCUCUUCUCUCCGUCUCGCCGUGGCUCGAGGUGGAAGGUGACAGAGCAGGUUUUUCUUGUGCGUCUUUAAUGAAUCGAGGCAAAGUUCAGUGUACAGCGGCCUUAUUCCACUUUAUUCCCAUCAGCGCUGCCCUGUGUUAGCACUUACUGACAGCUGUACCUGAACUGUGUGAGAAGAUGCUUGUGACGUGCUGCUUGGUGUUCUCAGUGUGUUUACUAAUUAUCCAUGUUGAUCAGUAGAGUGAGGAGAAGCACUGCUGCCAAAGGAACCACCAAAGCACAUCAUGUUUUUGCCUGAUUUCUAAACAAAGUCUUAUUUCUGUUGCCUAAUUUUCUUUCAUGAUUGUGAUUUAUUUAAUCUGACUUGAAGGGCCAAACGUGUGCAGCGGCCCCCUCUUAUCCUUUGAUUCUCACUGGAGCCGAUCAGGGUGACGUUAAAGCGGUGGCCACGGUUCUCAACGGUUACAGCCUGAAAUGCAGAGUUCAACUGCUUGUUAACGGUGGAGUGAAACUGUCAAGUGUGACAAUGAGAAAUAAAAAAAAAAAAAACA